AUGUCUAAGAUUGCAAUCACCUCCCCUGAUCUGCCCAAGCCCCUUCCUGUCUUCAGUCAAGCCAUCGUGCACGGAGACACCAUCUACUGCUCUGGUCAGGUCGGUGCUGAUGCAGCUACUGGCAUUCUUGCCGAGUCCUUUGCUGACCAAACUGUGAACUGCCUCAAAAACCUCGAACAUGUACUCAAGGCGGCCGGUUCGUCCAUGGAGAAAGUGUUGAAGGUCAACAUCUAUUUGAAGGACAUCAACAGAUUUGCAGAAUUGAACGAGAUCUACAUUAACUACUUCGGUGAUGUGAAGCCAGCAAGAACUUGUCUUGAAGUUGCCAACCUUCCUGUGAAGGCCCAGGUCGAGAUUGAAUGUGUUGCUUUCAAAUAG